AUGCCGUUCCAGCAGGGCUCUGCCCGGACGCGGCAGCGAACCGUCCUUCUGGUGGGGAUGGUGGUCCUGCUGGCCGUCCUCGUCAUCGCCGUCGUGCUGGCCUCUGUCCUGACUCCGAGGAAGCAAGAGGUUGGUUCCAAAAUGCUGAAGUGGAAGGACAGAGGGACCACUAAGAAUCUGCAAGAAGUCAUCCUGGGAAGAUGCUACAGCUACGUCAUGGCGCGGUACCCUGAGCUGGGAGAUAAGGAUUGCCUAAAAAUAUGGGAAUCAUUAAAACAUGCAUUCAUUUACAAGAAUCCCUGUAAUAUUACAUCAGAAGAUUAUCAGCCUUUAAUGGAGUUAGCAAGUCAUCCUAUCCCCUGUAACCAGUCACUGUUUUGGAGUAAGACAAAUGACCUCGUUCAUCGUUACACAAAAUCCAAUCAAAAUUUCCUUACCUUGGAGGACACCUUGUUGGGUUAUAUGGCUGACAGGGUUUCAUGGUGUGGAGACCCCUCUGCCCCAGGAAUCAACUAUGAAUCCUGUCCAAAACGAAGUGAAUGUGAGAGCAACCCUGGUUCUGUAUUCUGGAAAAUGGCAUCCAAGAUGUUUGCAGAAGCAGCAUGUGGUGUGGUUCAAGUGAUGCUCAAUGGAUCAGUAGAAGCUGGAGCAUUCAGAAACAGCAGCAUUUUUGGAAGUAUUGAGAUCUUUAACCUAAAUCCAGAUAAAGUCUCUGCAGUACACAUUUGGCUUAUGCAUGACAUCGAUGGACCUCAAAGUGAAUCCUGCUCAGGUCAUUCCAUAAAGAGGUUAAAAAGCAUCUUAGAAGAGAGAAACUUUAAGAUCACCUGUGAAGACAAUUACAGGCCAGUUCAGCUCCUUCAGUGUGUGCAUAACCCUGACCACACAGACUGCAGGCUCUGCACCACCACCACCAUGGCAGCUCCAUGAAACAGGGUGCUCCGCACUACUGAAGACUUUUGUUAUUUGUGUGUAAAGCUGGAAGAGAUGUGGCUACAUAGCUUAGAGUGAUAAAUAGUAGCGUGGG